AUGCUGCAACUCCAUCAUCAGCUUCGGCGACUCCAUCUCCGACACCGGAAACUUUCUUCUUCUCUCAGAUCCAAAUCGUCUUCCAAGAACCGCAUUCCCGCCUUAUGGAGAUACUUCUUCCACCGUCCCACUGGUCGUUACUCCGAUGGUCGCCUCAUCAUCGAUUUCAUCGCUGAGUUCUUGGGGUUACCGUACGUUUCCCCUUACGUUGGACAUGAAAACCAAAGCUUUGAGAAGGGAAUCAACUUCGCCGUGGCCGGAGCAACGGCGGUGGAACCCGAGUUGCUUAAAGAGAAAGGAAUCACUGCUAAUUACAUUACGAAUGUAAGCUUGAAAGUUCAGCUAGAUAUCUUCAAGAACAUUUUAUAUGGCUUGCCUUCAGGUGCAAAAAGACGAAGAAGCUCACUUUUGUUUUCAAGAUUGCGCAGGACUCUUGGAAACUCGUUGUUUCUCGUUGGAGAGAUUGGAGGUAAUGACUACAACUACGGGUUCUUGAUGGGGAAAACAAUCCAAGAGAUCAAAGAGAUAGUUCCCCUUGUCAUAAAUACUAUUUCCUCAACAAUUGUGGAAUUGUACAAUCUGGGAGCAAGAACGUUUCUAGUCCCUGGAAAGUUCCCAACCGGAUGCUCUCCUUCCUGUUUAACCAGAUUUAGGACAACAUACACAACGGAUUACGACUCUUUAACCGGAUGUCUGAAGAGGCCUAAUGAGUUUUCUGAGUACCACAACGACCAGCUCCAGAAAGAGCUCAUUAGACUCCAAAAGUUCUAUCCCAAUGCCACCAUCAAUUACGCUGACUACUACGAUGUUGUGUUGCAGUUUUACCAUGAACCCACACAAUACGGAUUCAUGGAGAAACCUUUAGCCGCUUGUUGUGAAAUAGGUGGCUUGUACAACUUCGCUGCUGAUAGGCCUUGUGGGUCUGAAGGAGUUGAAUGUUGUAAUGAUCCUUCAAAGUAUGUGAGUUGGGACGGCAUUCAUUUAACAGAAGCCGCACACGGAUGGAUGGCUAAGAGCUUGCUGAAUGGACCGCUUGCGUUUCUGGUUUCGACCAGGCCUGCAUUUCCUCUUGUAAGUGAUUUGAUCAGUGUCUCUUGA